AUGUUGCAACAACGAUUGCAGUCAUCCUCUUCAAAAUCCAUAUGGAUGAGAAUAAAACAAUCAUCAGCAUCAUCAUUACUUUUACUUUUGAUUGUAAUUUCCUAUUGUUGUUUGCAAGUAAAUGCUCUCGAUGACAAUCAAUUCAAAACUUCACCCUCUUUUGCACUCCGAGAUGUUUUUCAAAUUGAUUCCUCUUUAAAUAGUAGUUUUAUACAAUUACAAGAUUCAAUUGCUGCUGUUUCUCUUGCUGGAAAUCAAGAAGAAGAAUUGAAAAAUAUAUUCAUUGAUCCGAAUCAUCAUGCUCUCUCAUAUUAUCACAAAGUCUUGUCAGAGAUGGAUUUACUUGUUUAUUUCCAUACCAAUGAUUAUUGUGCUAGGGAAUAUAAUUUAUAUGCAAUGAGUUUACUUGAUUCAAUUGUUAAUACUAUUGAAAAAGUUAGAGCAAAACAUGGAAAGAACUUUAAUUUGCCAGAUGAAACUCUUCUCACAACAAGAGAAUCCAAAGCUGUCAAUCUCAAAGUUGCUCAAUUCAAUUGUCUCUCAUCUGAAUAUAAUGGUUUAUUGUGUGAUAAAAUUCUUGGUGAUUCUUGGAGAAAUAGUUGUAAGCAAGAUCUUCCAUCAUUCUUUGAAUUGUCUCUAGGAAUGAAGACUUCAUUGAAUGCUGACAGAGUCAAAGUUAUGGAUGAAUAUGUUGUGAAUAGAUUGAGAUUUUUGCCUUCAAAGAAGAGACCAGAAACUUCAUUGAAUGGAAUUGCUAAUGUUAUUCGUGUCAAUAAGAUUGGAAGACAACAAGAUGAAGAUAACAAGGUUCAAAUUAGAAUCACUGCUGACUCUACACAAGAAGAAAUUCUGAAUGAAAAUAAUGAAUAUAUUCGUAAGGGUUUGACAAUUCCACACCUCGUUUCAGAUCUCAAAGACUCUAUUUUACAAUUCCUCAAAUCUCAAUAUGAAUUUACUGAAUUUGAUGGUGAUAAGGAAUCCAUGUUGGCUACUAGACAAUUCCCAAGAUCCUAUCUCUUCUAUGAGGAAUGUGAUUUUAAGGAAUUAUUCAAUCAAACUAAUCCAACAAAGAAGGUUCGUCCAAUGAAUUUAAUGCUCCUCCAUAAGGGACCAGCUGAUCAUGAAUUCCCAAGAACUAUUAUUUCCAAUUAUAUUGAAGUUACAUCUGCUCUUUUGAGAGAAAUCUCUGCAGGUCUUGUCUAUGUCUGUUCAGGAGAAGCAAUCAAAGCUUUUGAAGCCACUAGAGACAUUAAUGGACAAGGUAAUUUUGGUACCAUCCUUGUCCAUAACUUUUUAUAUGGUAAGAGACAAUCUGAAAUUCAAGACAGAGGACUUUUAUUAUUCUACAAUCCAGUCAUUACCAAUAUAACAAGCAGUGAACAAUUGCAUUUAUUCAGAGGUGAACCAUAUGAUGCUCAAUUUGUCAAGGCUGAUAGUAAGGCACUCAUGAAACAUAUCAAUCUCAUGAUGAAGCAAACUAAGGCAGUUAAUAGUUUCGCAGAUUGGAGAGAUACUAACUUUUUCAUGUUGAGAGGUUUAACCCCAUUGAAUGAAGCCAUUUAUCAUUCCAUUAAGACUUGGCUCAUUAAAUCUGUUGAACAAGAACAAGAUUUAAUCUCUAUUGAAAAGGAACUCAUUCCAUUCCAUAACUUGAUUAAGGAAAUUUUGACCAACUCUACCAUUUUGAGAGAUUCAAGAGUUGUAUCAAAGGAAUAUCCAUCCCAACUUCCAGAUGACAAUAUUGAAUAUAGUGACAAGAUGAUUGAAAGUUGUACCAUUGUUGAUGAAUAUUUGACUGAAAUGCUUGCCUCUUUCAAUAGAGCUGCACAAGUCACCAAGAAGGAUUUCUGGAGCUUUAUUAAUGAAAAGAUUUCUCAAAUCCAACAAGAACUCAUCAAAGCUAAGAAGACUAUGGGAGAAGAAUGUGGAAAAGUCUGUGAAGAAUUGUAUUCUAAAUUAUUUGUCAUUAACUCAUUCAAGAUUAAUGAAGAACAAUUAAUGACUCUCUAAAUUAUUUAUUAAAUAUUAUUAAAUCAUUACAAAAAUUAUCUUUAAAUUUACAAAAUUUACAAUUAUUUCAAUUAUCUUCUUCCUCUUCUUCCUCUUCUUCACUCUCACUUUCAGCUGGAGGUGGAAUAUAUGGUCCUAAUGGAGAUGGAGCAGUAGGUGUAUCUAAAAAACUGGAAUCAGUCAAUCCUAAAUCUCUCUUAAUAUCCAUUUCAAGUUGUUGUCUUGGAGCUCCCACUUUGUAGAAUAAUCUGAAAUAUCUGGCCAAUCUUGGAUCUGUUUCACAAGUGUACAUAUUCUCUCCGAGUACAUUACCAGCAUCAUCAUUAUGAGCUUCACUCUCUACAGGUGAUGUUGCUGUCGAAUAAUUAUUUGUUGUUGCUAGAGGGAGAGGAGGAACCAUUCCACUCAUCAUCAUGACUGGAGGAGGUGGAAUACCCAUACUACCUGAAGAAGACAUUGAAGGAGGUGGAGGAACAAAACCAGCUGAUGAUGGUGGAGGUGGGACGAAACCAGCCGAACCUGGAGGUGGAGGAACAAAACCAGAAGAUCCAGGUGGAGGAGGGACAAAGCCAGAAGCUGAUGAAGGUGGAGGAGGAACUCCUGAUGAAUUUGUUGUUGUUGUUUCCAUUGUUGUUGUUAUUGUUGGAUUAGAGACAGUGGUGGAUGAAGAUUCGAAUUCUUUCAUUUUGCUUUCCAUUCCAUCAACAGAUUUUAAUUUACUUUCCAAGAGGGAGAGUGUAAUUUCAACACGAUGUAAAUCAUGUUCCACACGGUUUAGUUUAGUUUCACAUUGGAGAGAAAAAUGGUUGAGCAGAGAAAUUGUCUGAAUAGUAAAGGAAUUGAUCAGAUCGAGAGUUUGAUAAAAUUCUAUCGGAGUGGCUUCCUUCUGACGAAGACGUGACGUUGAACGAUAAUGUGGUUGGUUCACUGCUGUUCGAG